AUGGGUUGCGGACAGGCAUCGAAAAAUAUAAUAGCUCCAGUUUCAUACACAGUAACACCAGUUGCUUUAACAAGCCAAGAGGCUCAAGUAGAAGUCAAAGUUGCUACAAUUAUCGCUGAUCAAGAAGAAAAGAAAGGAAGUGCUAGCCUUAUUCUUGAUCAAGCUGAAGCUUUAAAACUUAAUAACGAUAUAUAUGAUACAUUACAUUACAUUAGAAUUUAUAUCGCUUAACGUCCACUACGGGGUUACAACUCCAGGUUUAUCACUCGCCUUUCGUCGCAUCGGGCCCACCAGUCUGCUGGAGACAAACUCGCUUCGAUCACCAGGGUGCUUCCAGGGCAAAUGUCCACGUCUUCGACGGCUCAUGGAUGAGCUACUUGCUUGUACAUGGGUUGCUUUUCCGAAAAACCCAAAAAAUGGAUUUUUCUGGUCGGCUAUCGGCAAAAAGGAAAAAUGCAAAGCCUGGGAAGUAACGCCCAGUUUCACGCUAGGGAGUUGCCCGAAUGGUCCAGAGGACUUUGCUGGGCUUCCCCUUUCCAACCUUGCACCCUCCUUCCCCACGAGGAAAAAAUCCACCCCUGAGAAUAGACUUGGGCUAGGCUCUGAAAGCUACCAGAAUUGCUUACCUAGCAUUGCUGUCCCAUCUCUGAAAUGGUAAAACCUUGCCGGAUAUAAUUAAAAUAUGAGUCGAGGCUGCAUGGCCGGGAGGCCAUGCCCAGACGAAGACGCCAUAUUUUAAUUAUGAUAUAUAUGAUUCAAUCGUUGAUAAACUUAUAGAAGACUUGAAACUUUAA